AUGGAAGGGCCGCCAGGCGCCCAACUCGAAAACAAGAGCUGUAAGCGUCUUUUGACAGCGACGAUCCGCCACCGGCGCAGGGGCCAUCCAAUCAACAAGCACUCGUACGCAAAUCUGCACAUCGAGUCCGCUGAGGAGACCAGUUACGGAAAGGCUUCCAGAAGAUCCACCGCAAGUUCAAGGGGAGGUGCUGCAAGGAAAAUCACGGCCGCCCUAGUGUUUCACCAGCUCGCAGGAGAACAGAUGAAGCCGAAUGACGGGCCGGGGAGUUGA